AUCAAUUUAAGGGUAAUGGAAGUUCCAACUUUUUUUUUUGGAUCUUUGCAGAUUAUAAGUGAUUGGGAGAAGAACAAGUCUUGGCUCCCCAAAGCUAGAAUAGAUGAGGUUUUGAACGAUGCUGACAAGGUCAAGAGUUGGUUGGAGGAGAAGGAGGCUGAGCAGCAGAAAAUUUCUGGAUUUAACAAACCGGCGUUCACAUCAGAAGAAGUCUAUGACAAGGUUAUUGACCUCCAGGACAAGGUUGCCAGCAUUAACAAAAUUCCUAAACCGAAGCCAAAAGUUGAGAAGCCUCUCAAGAAUGAAGCUGAUAGCAAGGAAAAGAACACAAGCACCUCAAACUCAACAUCAGAGGAGACAUCCUCUCAGACAGACCAAUCCACAGGAGAUACUGCUCAAUCAUCAAACGACAAAGUUGAAUCCGAAACUGAGGCCCAUGAUGAGCUGUGAAAACUGAUACUUAUGCAAGCAAUUCUUCUCUCUUCACUAUUGGUAGUAGAAAAAGAUAUACGUGAGAUCAUGGUGGUCGCUUCUGCAACCCAGCAAUUUUGGAAACAGUAGAAUUAUGGAUUUAGCCUUUUACUUUUAUGACAAAAGGUCCUUGAGACCCAUGGCUUGCCAUCAUUGAAGCCCUGAAGGACUUGAUGAAUAGAAACUGAAAUCUACUUUUUUCUCAGUGCAGUUAGUUACGAUGCUUCAUUAAAACCCCACGCUUUUUGGGGGUACAUAAACCUGCAUUGAGUUGAAAGUGAAGUUACCUCAAUGGUUGAUAUCAAGGUUUAUUUUCUCUGAUUCUCACUUGUAUGAUGUAUCAUUGGGUCUGGAUAUUUGUCUUAAACAUUUUGGUAUUUAUUAAUUUAGAUACAUGCUUUCUUUUAUCUUC